ACUAAGUUAAAUCUUUUCUGCUUACUGAAAAGGAAGAGUCUGAUGAUUAGUUAUUGAUCCUCUUUCAUUUGUAAAGUUUUGGAGAUAUUGAAUCAUGUUACCAUUUCUUUUUUUUUCCACCCUAUUUUCUUCCAUAUUUACUGAAGCUCAGAAGCACUAUUGGGUCUGCAACUCAUCCGACGCAAGUAUUUCAUACACCUACUGUGAUAAAAUACAAUACCCAAUUUCAAUUAAUGUUAAUCCCUGCAUAGAAUUGAAGGGAUCCAGAGGAUUGUUGCACAUUUUCUACAUUCCAAGGAGAGAUUUAAAGCAAUUAUAUUUCAAUCUCUAUAUAACUGUCAACUCCAUGACUCUUCCAAAGCGCAAAGAAGUUAUUUGCCGAGGAUCUGACGAUAGUUAUUCUUUUUGCAGAGCUCUGAAGGGAGGGAAACAUAAUGAGUUCUGGCUUGGACAUGUUAAGCUCAAGGUAAUUUUGGAACAUUCAAAUAAACAUGGCCAUCUGGCAGCUGAGUAUGUGGGCCCAGAACUUAGGACUUUCUGAUUUAAGAAGCAUUGACGUAUCAAGAGUCCCUUGAAAUUUGGAAGUCAAAUUUGUAAGUACCAUACAUAUCUAUGUUUAAAAUAAUUUUCCUUUUGGUUGUUAUAAAAGUUAUACAUCUUUAUGAUAUGAUAUUUAGAAAAUAUGGACAAGCAAUUAUAAAGUAAAAGUUACCCAUAAUCUCACCAGUUUUUACACACACACACGCACACACACAUAUAUAUAUCUGUUCCUUUCAAAAACACAUUUAUGAAUCAAUAGAUGGAUAUUUCAAAGCAUCUUAAAUUUAAUAAGCCUGAGCUGGGCAUGGCAGUUCAUGCCUGCAAUCCCAGCACUUUGUGAGGCCAAGGCAGGUGGGUUGCUUGACAUCAAGAGUUUGAGAACAGCCUGGACAACAUGGUGA